AUGCAAAGUGCAGGGUCAUUGUUGAAACAGUUGAGUGUGAAGGAGGCUUGGAAAUCAACAUCAAAUAGAUGGAGUGGGAAGGACAAAUAUAACAGUGUUGGGGGAGGGAGCUUUGAUGGGUGUGAGGCAAGUUUGAAUCAAAUGGAAGGUUUUGCAAUGUAUGGGAAUGAAGAAAAUGGGAUGAUGGUGAAGAAGAGAGUGAUGGUGGUGGUGGAUCACACUUCCCAUUCCAAGCACGCAAUGAUGUGGGCACUUACCCAUGUAGCAAACAAGGGUGAUUUGCUCACUUUGCUUCAUGUUGUCCCUCCUCAUAGUGGAUCUGACUCUUCUUGUUCUGCCUAUCUUGUCAAUCAUCUUGGUUCCCUUUGCAAAGAUUGCAAGCCAGAGGUGGAAGUGGAAGCACUUGUAAUCCAAGGACCAAAACUGGGCACAGUGUUGAGCCAAGUGAAGAAACUAGAGGUCUCUAUCUUGGUAUUGGGCCAAAAGAAGCCUUCUCCUCUUUUAAGCUGCUUGUGUGGAAGCAACAGUAGCAGCAGCUCAGAGGAGUUUGCCGAGCACUGCAUCAACAAUGCAGAAUGCUUGACAAUAGGAGUGAGGAAGAGAAGUCAAGGCACCAAUGGCUACCUCAUCAGCACAAGGUGGCAGAAGAACUUCUGGCUAUUGGCUUAG